CAAUUAUAUUGAAAUUAGUCAAGAUCAAACUACUGUGAAUGAAGAAUUACACGAAGAAUUGUAUGAAAAAAACGUAUAUGAAGAAGAUUUGGUUGAGUAUGAAAAUGACUGGAAUGUAGGAUCUGGUAAUCAUAGCAGCAUAGGUCUUAGUCGUGAAUCUGAGGUUGAAAAUGAAAAUAGUGAUCUCAAAUAA